AAAAAUGCCACCCAGGAAAACACGAAGCAGCGCCAAAUCUAAUAAACACUCUGAUGCAGACGCCCACCUCAAUGAGGGGUCUGAUGAUGUUGCACAACGCAAAACUGGCAAAAGAAAAAGGUCAGCAGCUGUAAAAGGUGAUGUGGAGAAUAAGAACGACGAUGACGCCUGCAAACCAUCUUACAGCCGCUGGCUGAUGAAGUCUGAACCUGAGAGCCGGAUUGAAAAUGGAGUGGAUGUGAAGUUUGGAAUUGAAGACCUCAAAGCUCUUCCCAAUCAGACGGGAUGCUGGGAUGGAGUGAGGAAUUAUCAGGCCCGAAAUUUCAUGAGAGAAAUGAAAGUAGGCCAGCAGGCCUUCUUUUACCACAGUAACUGCAAAGAGCCAGGCAUCGCUGGCCUCAUGAAGAUUGUUAAAGAGGCUUAUGUGGACCAUACACAGUUUGACAAGAAAGAUGUACAUUAUGACCCCUCUAGCAAAGCAGAUAACCCUAAAUGGCAUAUGGUGGAUGUUCAGUUUGAACGGAUGGUCAAGCGCUUUAUUCCUCUCGCUGAGCUGAAGAAAUAUCACCUGGAACACAGAGUGAAGGGCGGCCCACUCAAAGACAUGUCCCUUUUCACCAGAGCCAGACUGUCUGUUCAGCCCCUCACUGCAGAGGAGUUCGAGUUUGUCCUGAGUUUGGAGAAUGAAGAUCCAAUAUGAAGAUGGUCAUGAAAGUCUGUUCCAUCCCAUUCUCUAAUGAUUAUUUCCCAUUUUCUGUUUUCUAGUCAGUUAUUUUGUAACCAAUAUACGUGCUGCUCCUCAAGUAGCCAAUGAGUAUUGUACAUUUGAAAUAUUACUGCUAAUAAAAUGUAAAAAAAACACUCAA